AGUUGAACCACAAUUCAGAUUUUGAAGAACGCAUGAGACUUUUUCGAAAAAAAAAGUUUUUUGGACACUUUCCAGCGCGUUUUAUUUCCGUAUUUUUGCAUAAAGGAAAAGUUACUCAGCACAGUUUUCCAAAAUCUUCAAUAAAUAUGUGACUUUUCAACUCAUCGACAGGAGAAAAAUCUAAUUUUCAAUUGACUGUGGCCAGUUCCCAUCCGAGCGUCGGACGUCGUCGAUGGUUGUUGUUUUUUUUUUCGAUUGUAACAGCACGUGACCUUCCCGCGAAAACUAAGUCAAACAAUUCGCUUCCUUGGGAUCCGUCGUUUGUUGGCGUGGCUCGGAUACGAUGUCUUCAGUGAGGUUAACCAGCGCCUGGGAGGACAACAAAUCGCGAUCGGAAACCCUUCUGUACCCUCCACCAGCUGCCGCCAGCAAGCUACCGAAUGGCCGUUCCCCAUACGCACCUCGGCGCGUCGUGGUGUCCCGCAAUGGAAGUCGCGAUGAGGCCAAACUUCACAAAAGCUUGGAGGAAAUUUCCAAGGACAUCAAGGAGCUGGAAGAUUUCAUAACCGUCACCGAGGAAAUUAUGAAACGGGAACGGGAACUGGACGAGCAACUCUACCAGAGAGAACGGCAGCGAAGGAUUUUUGAAAAACGGAUGCAGCAGAUCAAAAACAUGUGCAGUCCAACGAAAAAAUGUUUCAGCCGGGCAGACCCAAAGGUCAAGUCACCGACCUUCCGGGUGAACAUAACCCAAAAGCGACGCAUCAAGACCUUCAGCCCGAAAGGAUACAAGUCGAAGUUGUACUUCCGCAACGGAAAAAUAGGCUGUCUCGAAGCCGAGGAAGCCGUUUCCAAUCUAAGAAGCACCCACGAAAUCGUCAAGCGGAUUAUUAACGACGAAAACAAUGUGCUUGUGCAACCGGAAUUCCAACAUUACAGCACCGGGGAAGCGAGAGUUGAAACUCCGCCAUCAGUCGGCACCCCACUCGAGAGUUUGCAGAUGUGUGUCACGGAGUCGGCGUCUUCGUUGUGUGAUGAGCCGUGCCAGGUUGUUGAUGUUCCGGAACCGGAAGAGAAUGUCCUGCAAACCGGAGGGGAUAACAAUUCGAGCACCGAAAGGAUCAUCGAGGAUCGGGAUAGCACGAGUCCGCAACCGGAUGCAAAUGAUUUCGUCACGGGAAGAUUGCGCCAUUUGGCCAAUCGCUUUUCCGAAAGGACCAAGCGCAUGCGCAGCAAGCUGGAAAUUCCCCCGACGCCGUCGAGCAGUGCCCCAUCUACGGCACCCUCUACUCAGAAGCACAACGUGGAAUUACGUGCCAUCCAGAACUCAGCCCUCACCCUCCAGUCGGGAACGGGGACGCGCACCUGCAACCAUCACUAUUUCUGUCCGAUUUUCUGUACCGGAGUCAAAACGAACACCGUCCUAGAUCCGCAGGGUAAAUUCUACAUUUCCUGGCUGUUUAUCGUGUCCCUGUCGUUUCUGUACAAUGCCUGGGUCAUCCCGUUGAGAUCUUCGUUUCCCUAUCAAACACCGGAAAACACCAAAUACUGGAUCGCUGUUGACAUUUGUGCCGAUGUGAUCUAUCUGAUCGAUAUUUUGUUCGUCAAACAUCGGGUGAUGUACUUGUUUGAAGGGUUCUGGGUUAAAGAUACGAAUCUCACCCGGAAGAACUACAUUCGGAAGUUGCAAUUCAAGAUGGAUCUCCUGGCACUGAUGCCGUUGGAUUUGCUCUAUCUACAAUUCGGAACGGAGCAUGUGGUAUUCCGCGCUCCCCGGCUGUUGAAAAUUCAAAGCUUUUGGGAAUUUUUCAAGCUGAUGGAUCGCGUUAUUUCGUCGCCUCAUAUGAUUCGUGUCGUCAAGACGCUCACCUAUAUGCUGUACAUGAUUCACUUGACGGCGUGUUCCUACUAUGCAUACAGCGCCUAUCAAGGUCUCGGUUCCAAUCGGUGGGUGUUCAGCAACAAGGGCCACGCGUAUGUGCGGUGCUUCGCCUUUGCGACGAAGACGGCAACAUCGAUCGGAAAAAAUCCGAAACCGGAAAAGGAAGGGGAGUUGCUGUUCAUGACGGCGGCCUGGCUGAUGGGCGUGUUUGUGUUCGCCCUGCUGAUCGGCCAAAUCCGCGACAUCAUCGCAACGGCUACGCGAUCAAAGUCGGAGUAUAAGCAACUGGUGGAUGAGACGCUGGAAUAUAUGAGGCAGCUGAACUUGCCCACGGAUUUGCAACGCAGGGUUAAGAUGUGGUUCACGUUUACCUGGGAGCAGCAGAGGAGUUUGGACGAGACCCACAUUAUGGAUGCUUUACCAGCGAAUUUGAAGACGGAUAUUGCCAUUUCGGUUCAUAUUCAGACCCUGAGUAAGGUUCAGUUGUUUGCUGACUGUGAAGAAGCUCUGUUGAGGGAGCUGGUCUUGAAGCUACGAUCGGUGACCUUUCUUCCGGGGGAUUAUGUUUGUCGGAAGGGUGAAGUGGGCAAGGAGAUGUACAUUGUGAAAACGGGGCAAGUUCUGGUUAUGGGAGGUCCUAAAAGUGACGUUGUUUUGGCUACUUUAUAUGAAGGAUCGGUUUUCGGAGAGAUCAGUUUGUUGGCGAUCAAUGGAGCUGAAGGAAAUCGCAGGACAGCAGAUGUCCGCUCCAAGGGUUUCUCAAAUCUUUUUGUCCUAUCGAAGUCGGAUUUGAACGAGGCUAUUGUUUACUAUCCAAACGCCCAGGCCAUUCUGAAGAAACGUGCCAAGAGUUUGAUGCGCAAAAAUGCUGCUCGUGAGAAAGCCGAGUCACAACAGAGCAUCGAUACAAAUGACGGCGAUACGGAUGUUGUCAUAAACAAUCCUAGUCUCGAGGCAUCUCCCAAAUUGUUGAAAACCGUUAUUCAAGCCAUGCCAAAGGAAUCGGCAGCCGUUCAGCUUCUGACACAGGGAUUUAAAUCGGAACUUAACAAAACUGAUUCAUUCGAGCAAAAUCCAGAUAACGAGAAUUCGGUUAAUAUUUUGGAAGUUCACACCACACAGGUACAGAUCGAAAACGAGAAGAAUGUCGAGCUGCCCUAUGAUCUGGUCCACAGCAUCAAGAAAGAACUGAUGGACAACAACAGCUACAUAAAUCUGACCGAUACGGAAAAAUACAAACUUCUCAAAGAACUUUCCAAAGAGGAAAUCGAAGCACAAAAAUCGCCAGUUUAAACUUUCUCGUUGAUUAUAACUUAUAACAGUAUUCUCCAACUAUAAAAUUUGUUGUUUAAAAUCAAAAACCAACCUGAAGUUUUAGCACAAAAACUAAACCAAACCAAACUAUAUUCUAUGUUAUAAAUCUCAACAAAACCAACAAACAGCAUCAAUGUUCCUCACAAUACUAUAGAUUAGUUCUCUCCUACUCAGAUCCGUAGAGCAGCAAAAAAAAACUAUUUACUGAAUGUUACGCCGGUGUUGUUAAUUUAUCUGUGGCCAAGGCUGAAAUAUGCAUAGAGGGUAGUGUAUCGCUCAGCUUUUGUUUGUGGUUAACGAAUAAAUCUGUCACGAAAUGACUGCCGGUAUGAAUGA